CAAAGUAAUUCAAAAUGGCCGAUGGUUCGAGAAAGGUGUGUCGUGAUAUUGAAUAGCGAUUUUCGCCUGCAUUUGAUUGAAUAGAACCUCAGUGAACGUUAAACGUGUCUAUACUGGUGCGUAACAUUGUUUUGUGAUUACUUAAGAAGGAUUUGGUAUGUUUGAUAUCCAGCUGGCCGCCUGCAGAUGGAUGGCAAGUCGACAAAGGAAGGAUGUUUUGUUGGAGGUGACCCGCCGUUUCUUGGCCUAUUCCGCGAGGCCGCCGUCGCGUUCGACCGGGCCAGCACCGCGUACCGACCCGCUGGCGCCGCGUCGCGGUACCGUGAUGAUAAGUAUGUCGGUUGGCUUACAGCGGCGUCGCCGGGCUCUGCGUACCGCCGCGUGGCACCGCAGCCCUCGCCGCCCGGGGCUUCGCCCCUCGCGACCGCGCGCGUUGGAGCCCUCGCUCCGCAGCUCUGUACUGCCUGAAGGAGAAUGUCGUCGCGCAGGAAUGGCUCCGUGUCGCGGGCAGCGGAGACAGCGUCCAAGACCCGGCUGCACAUGGACCGGAACCCGCAGCACUCCAGGAUGAAUGACCCGUCGAACCCCGCGGGCAGACGCAAGGAGCUGGACAACGUGAUGAAGCGCGCGCGCCAGGCGUCGCCCGGCAGCUGGGACCGCAAGCUGCUGGAGGUGGAGGAGAAGGAUCCCAACAGGUGGCGCCACUCGGGCUAUAAGCAGCUGUACCUGGGCGCGAGCGAGUCCCCCCCGCCGCCCGCGCGCCGCUCCCGCUCGCCGCUCACCAGAUCUCCGCUGGGGCGGCCCAUGCGGCGCUCGCGCUCGCCCGUGGCGCGCCGCACUCGCUCGCCGCCCGCGCGCCGCUCGCGCAGCCCGCCGCCGCGCCGCUCGCGCAGCCCCCGCCGGAGCCCCAGGCGCAGCCCGCGCAGGAGCCCCAUACGCCGCGCGCCGAGCCCGCGCCGCCGCCGCAGCGCCAGCCCGCGCCCGCGCCGCACGCGCCCGCCGCCCCCGCCGCGCGGCGUGCGCCCGCCCUCGCCGCCCUCGCCGCCCGACCCCAGGAAGUCGUCGGCGUCGGGCUCGUCGGCGAGCACGUGCUCCGACGACUCGUGCUCCGUGUGCUCCGCCAAGAACAAGAAGGGCGGGCCCAAGCCGCCGCCGCCGGCGCCGCCCCCCGGCGCCGUGGUGAAGCGUCCCCCGCCGCCCGCGCCCCGCGCCGUGCAGCCCACGCGCGAGCUGCUCAAGGCGCGCGAGAGCAGCAAGCGCACGCGGGAGGAGAAGGUGCUGGAGUGGCAGCGCGCGCAGAUGGCGGUGCGGCCGCCCCCGCCCGCGCCCAUCCCGCCCGCGCAGAUCAAGCGCGAGGGCGAGCGCCGCCGCGAGCGCCCGCCGCGCGCCGAGCGCCCCGAGCGCGGCGUGUCGCCCGCCGCCAUCGCCGCCGCGCUCAACGACAGCGACAGCGACAGCGAGACCGACGCCAGCUCCGACCCGCCGCCGCAGAGACUGACCCUGUCGGAGCGGUUCGGCAAGAUGGCGCAGUGGUCGGCCGCCCGCUGCGCGCGGCUCGAGAACAUGCGCAUCACGCGCCGCGAGAGCCAGCUGCACGUGCACAUCGAGCGCGACGACAGCGCCGACCCGCGCGAGCCCGCCGCGCGCGCCGACGGCGACUACACCGACCUGGACCCGGCCCCGGUAGGCAGCUACCCCGAGGAGCUGCUGGCGGUGGCGCCCGGCGGCCUGCCGUCGUGGGACGACGUGCGAGUGCGCUACGACUACUACAAGAAGCGGGGAUACCUGAGAGGUCUGACGCUGGGCGACUAUGUGAAGUGGGAGGAGUGGUGGUACAAGUAUCAGGAGUGGCUCAAACGUGAGCGCGCCUACGAGCGCUGGGCCGAGGGCGAGCAGGGCACGACGCGCCGCGAGCGCCGCCGGCGCGGGGGCCGCCACCGGCGAAGCUGAGGGCGCGCCGCCCCCGCGGCGGUCCUGUGCGUGGACCUCGCCGCGGGGGCCGCCCACCACUAGGUGCGCGACCGCUGCGCCUCGCCGCACGCCGCCUGACACCAAUCUCUGUGAUGUAAAUAUGCAGAAAACAGCAAAAUUUAUACAAAAAGAGUAUGAAAAUGUUUUGUAUUCAUCACGAAUGUGUCAACGCGGUUUGGAAAUGUAGUGCGUGUGGAGGUGACAUUGACUUCACAAGUGAGUGCUGCGAACAAACGAACUUAUUGUAUCAUAAAUAUUUUAUUGUAUUAAACAACCGAGUGCUCUGUGCACUGGUUCAGUUGUAGACGAUGCGACUUAGAAAUGACCUUCACCUAUUUGUUUAUUGUAUCAAACGUUUUCAAUGAAAUAGUGUGUUAAAAAUGUAAAAUAUUCCUAGCCAAACUGGUAUUAACAAAUGAUAAAGUAUCUAGGCCUAGCAAGUCUCAAGCACAUAACUUGUCAAAUGAAAAAGACAUUGUCGACCAAUAGCAGCAGAAUUCAAAUAUUACCAGGAAUGUUUUAGGCAACCUAUUUGCAAUAUGUUUUCAACGAUGGCUUGGUAAACGGCCUGUAAACAACUAUAAGUAAUAUAUAUUUCAUCCAAUAAAUAAGUCGAAGGUCAUUUUUAAUUCAAAUGUUAGAUUAUAAUGAAAUACCGUGAAAUUGGUAUAUUUUUGAAUUUUAUAAAAUUGAAAUGAAGAUAAUAUUUUUGUGUUAUGUGUAAUCAGGAACGAAGUUCUUAUUCAAAAUGCGGUUUUAGGUAAAGUAUAGCAAAAAAUGAAAUAUUUACUGCUUAGAAAUGUGUAAUUUAGAUUAGGUGUAAAUAUAAAAUAGUGAAUUAGCAGUUAUAUAUAAAAAGUCCUCUGUUAAUUUAAAUGUUAACAAUAACGCUUUGUAAGCCAGCCUGUUACAUAUACAUUGAAGCUUUUUUUUUUUUUUUUGAAAAAAAUAUAAUAUAUCACAUCCUUAGCGUCUGUUACAAUGUACUUAAUAAAUGAAAUGUUUGUGUCAGCUCCGACGCACGAUGUACGUCUCAAUACUUGCGCGUAAAAAGUGAAAGGUGCGCAACCGAAGUGCAGCAGGCCAACAGCGUACACAUGCACGGGCGCGCCCUAAGGUAGACACCGGUGAAAGGUGCGCAGAAUAGGUUGCGCACGAAAACCUGCCCAUAUUUUUUAUGAAAAAUCGAUUCUUAAGGAGUGAACUCCAAAAAAAAAUGAUAGUGACUCCUGUACUGUUCUGUAACCCUGGCACUUUGUAUGAAGGACUUCGUUCCAAUAAUGUAUUUUCCUAGACUUACAGCCUAGAGCGAAAGCCUGCGUUGGUCAGACCUCGGUAAUUUUAUUGAAGCUGAAAUUAUGUCAUGCUCCCACCAUGUGGUGUGCAUAAGAUUUUAAAGUAGGGUAGGCAGUAUGUGUACAAAUGGGAAAUUAGUGACCCUUUUGUGGAAGCAUCACACUUUCAGCUUUUAUAAAUUCCAAAGAUCUGGUCACCACAGACUUUAGACCAUACUGCCAAAUCGCACAAUUACAUUUUUUGUGUUUUUUUUUUUUACUUUGGUGCAUAGGCAAAGAUUUGUUAGCAUUCAGCGUAUUCAUUCUGUUCUGGGUUCCGUAGUCAACAAGGAACCCUUAUAAAUUAAAAAUGUGAACAAAGUCGUAAAAUAAAAUUUUGACAAAAUUUCCUCAUUAGUCACCAUAUAUUGAUGAAAUCCGCCUGAAAAUUUUAUUACGAACAGACAGACUUACUGACGCGGCAGACGAUUUCAUUAUAGCUUUAGUAUGUUAAAAAAUGUAUAUGUUACAAAAAAGAAUUUUGUCAAACUCCAUUCAAUUAUUAAGGAUCAAAUUAUUUAAUAAAUAUAAUCAAUCUAAUAAAUAAUUAAAAUUAUAAAAAAAUAAGUACAUACAAUAGUAUAGUAUGUGUAAAUAGAUAGAUAUAUACCUUUAAUGCAAUCUCUACUAAAUGUAUUUAUGAUAAAUAUAGUUUUUAUAUGUACUUACGUAGUCUGAGCGUGUGAUGGCGAGACCUUCCUCAUAAUAUAACAGUUAAGUUUUCAACAUAUUGUUGAAAACUUAACUGUUAAAUAUAACUUAACUUAACUGUUAAAUAUUUCAUUUUUAUGUAACUUAACUUAACUGUUAAAUAUUUCAUUUUUUGGUAUAUAGUUUGCACUGUGGUGACUUUGAAUAGUCCAGCGGGACUAUUAUGUAUCUCGGUGUACCAUUCCAAUAAUUUCACAAUAUAUUGUAUUUUUGUAAUCAUCUAACGAUUCAACGAAUUUCCCUUGACCACACCAUUUUCCAUCAAGUGGCAGUAAUUCUUUGUUUUUACGAUCAUUUAACAUGAUUAUUUCAAUGAAAUUUCGUUCAGUUUUUCAUUAAAAUAAACGUUGAUACCGUUACCGUUACGUAAAAUGUCGAUAAAUUAUGUGAUUUCGUUGAAAAUUAUCAGAUGAAUUUCAAUGAAACAAAACGAAAACGCAUCUUGGACCUCAAGAUUGCUUUCUAUCAAACUUGAUUGUAAUCAAGCGCAAACCUAUACAAUAUAAAUAUAGUGACGGUUUACUUGAAUAGAUUGGCAUACACAAUAAUACUGCGGGUGAGGAGUAGUUAUGUUUGUAGUUAAUACCAAAAAAAUAUUUAUACCUUAUGAAUAUAAACGCGACUAUGAUAAACUUAGAUACGAACAACAUAAAACUACUCUGUACCAUAAUAGUUUAUUCAUUGCGGCAGUAAGAAUUUAUAAUAAGCUACCAAAAGAAAUUAGGAAAGAAAAGAAUAUAAAUUGCUUUAAAAAUAAUGUAUAUAAAUACCUAACUCAACCGGCAUUCUACAGUGUAAAUGAGUAUUUAAGUUAAUAUUAUUGUUAUUUUCAUACAUAUUUUAAUUGUAAAGAUGUAAAUUUUAAAUGGUGAAAUUGUCAUUUGAAUCAUUACAUACUUAAUAAAUAAUUUGCCUAAUUGGCAAGAUACAUUUACCAUCUACAUCUACCGACCACCAGUAUAAAUAAUGCAUGAAAUAAAUUGAUUGAUUGAUUGAGAUGUGGAAUGUAUGUCUGUGUAAUGUUUUUAUAUGUUGUAUGGGAUAUUAUGAGAGGUUUCUCAUUCCAUACAAAAUAUAAAAACGUUACCCGGACAUACAUUCCAUGACCUCAGUCGCCACUCGUGACUCAUUUUCGUGUCGACCCUUUCUAGAGACCUUUACGUGUUUUUCAAAAAGCUAUUGUCAAGUAGGUGAUUGUUGAUUGAUAUUAUUUUUUAUGCAGAGGAAUAUUCUUUAUACUUUGAUUGUCAAUCCUUGAAACUUGCCAAAGUCACCACAGUAUCUCCUAACUUACUUACCUUAUUGCAUGCUAAUAAUAAUCUAUCAGCUUUUAUAAACUGAGGAAGGUGUCGCCCUGACAGGCUCUUAUGUAUUAGUUGAUAGAAAUUAUUAAGAGUGAUAAUUAUAUAAUAACGAGUAAAUUAUUUUUAUCUGCAGCUAAAUAUUUGUAUACUGUUUUGUUUGUAGCUAAAGAUGUGACGUCACACUCGCCACUCGCAGGAGAGGGGAUAGAGAAGUUACACCCGUCUCGCUGCUACGAUGAAAAUGUUUAAAUAGAGUGAGAAACUCAAGGGUAGCCAAGUCGCUCGUCGAUUCUUUUUCUACAAUCGCAAACGCUUCGAAAACUAACAAAAUGUACAGCGAUGACAAAUGCGAUCGAGCACUUGAUCACGUGACAGGGAAUAUCAAUCACAUAAAUAUAUACAUACAUAUAUACAUUUUUAUGUAUACAUUUUUAAAUUAUCGAUGCGUUUGCGAUUGUAGAAAGAGAAUCGACGUGCCACAAGCUGUUGAACAAUGUUUCGAUAUUUCGUUAUCUGAGGGUCAUUGAGCUUUAUUGGGGUAACGUUACUUGUGUACUUGAAUAAGACGGACAGAUUCAUGACAGUUUUGCCAAAGGUUGUGGUAAGCCCGCAGCAAUUAUAGAUGGUUCAAUUCACGAUGACUCAGAUGUUCGUCCCAUUGUUUGCUAUCGCUUACAAUGCAAGUGUGCAAUAAAAACUCCAAGAAUUUGAGUUAUAUAACGAGAUGUUCGUAAACACACGCGCGCAAAAAAAAACACACCCCCCCCCCCUUUCCAUUCAGCGACAUCUCGUGACGAAAAAAGACGUCAUAUUGACUAAUGAAGAUGGAACCAAAUGCGCUGUUUUGUUCCAUCGCGGCGAGUGAUAUAUUAUAGUCCGUCGCUAUUGGUCGCGACUUGAACAAUAAUAAUAUACUCAGAGUCACAAAUAUCCGCCCACUUUAAUAUGACGCCGCGAAUAUAUUACAGUGGGCGGAUCUGAGUAUAUAUUGUCCCACAAUUUGUCGAGUACCUCGAGCCGGUUAUGCGGUAAAAUGUAACUUUAUGUAACUGAAAUUUAAUUUACACUUUGCGUGUAAUUGUUUGUUUAUUAAAGUAUUAUGUAGUAAUCGUAAAACUUAGUCGAUUAUGAUAAAUAUAAAAUGUCCUAUUUAAAAUAAAUUUAUUUAUAAAAGCUA